AUGGACCCAAGAAUCUCAUCGACCAGAACCAAUCCACUCCUCGGACUUGCUGCUCAACAUCUCGGGAACCGUCCGCUGACAGCAUUCGAAGAUUUACACAUGCGGCGAAAUAUUAGGCCCGAGCUCGCCCAUUUACAGUCGCCUCUUCAAAAUCUGCAACCAGAGCUUUCUCGGCUCGGCUCCCCUGCACAGCGCCUUGAAGCGCUUGAUCCUAGGGUCAGCCGUUCGGUCGUUCAGCCUCUUGUGGAUACGUCCUCUCUCCCGCAUAAUUUGUUGCAAGUGAGCCAGGCAGAGGAGGACGAUGCUCAUUUCCCAGAAAACCAACGAUCGGAUAUUCGAGAUUGGCAAUGGGAUGACUCGAGCAGUGAUGACUAUAACGGCAAGAAGGAGAGCGUGCGGACCGUACGGGUCAGGAGCAGUGGGAAAAGUCGACCUGCUGCCAUGAACUGCCCACAAGUGCCUAGCCACCGCCCUCAUAGUGACUAUAUUAUGCACCACGACCAGUCACCUCUAUACGACUAUACGUUGUCAAUGCGGACCGAGAUUUGGGACGAUCCCAAUGACUCAAACUCCGUCCUGAUACGAAGAAACCCUUUUUAUCACGAGAAAAAAUCCCAAGAUGAACUUUUUUUUGUUACCGAAAAUUUCGACAUCAGAGGCGCGAUGCUGAAGCCAUUCCCAUCGUCUCCCACUAAAUUCGGUCAUCUCACCUACACGAUCUCAGAAGAUCGAUCGGGUGAUUCAGGUUCAGUCAUGCGACAGCUUCUUUCAGCGUUGCAAAGCCAGCGAGGUGCAAGACUUGUGCAGAUUGUAGGCGUCGGUCAUGACGUUGCACGUGCAAUGCGUGGAAUGCUGCGAACGACGAAUUUCAACUACUUUGACUGUGAAUAUGAGGAAAAUUUCUAUUUUGAAGGCAGAUUUGCAAGGGUUGUAUACACAAAGCCAAUUACUGAAGGGUGGACCAGUUUUCCGGAAUCUUUAGUGUGUGAAAAAGCUUUAGAGCAACUAGGAUAUCCACACCGGAAGCUUCGAGAUGUGAGACCCUCGACAAAUUCCUUACGAAUGCUCACUAACCAGGAGGUUUACAGGGAAGAGUGGAGGUGCCACGAUGCUUCUCACUAUGCCAUAUUGAAGAAAUAG